ACACACCUUCGCACAGGUGAAGGUCAUUUUUGUUAUUAUGCAAAAGGUUUACUCAAGGUAUUCAGUGAACAGUGAACAAAUCUAGUUUAUUCGCAAUGUCUGUUCGAAAGCUGGUAACAACAUUUGCUUCAAAUGCUGGAGCAGGAAACUUAAGUCACAUUAUCAAAAGAUUAGCAUCCACAGUCCAGUUCAAUUGGCAAGAUGCACUUAACUUAGAAAGUCAGCUCACAGAGGAAGAAAAGAUGGUUCGUGAUCAGUUCCGUCAAUACUGUGAUGAUAAACUCAUGCCUAGAAUAAUCAUGGCAAACAGAAAUGAAGUGUUUCACCCAGAGAUCAUGCGGGAGAUGGGUGGGCUUGGUGUGCUGGGUGCAACUAUACAGGGCUAUGGUUGUGCAGGAGUGUCUUCGGUCGCAUACGGUCUGCUUACAAGAGAAUGUGAGAGGGUUGACAGCAGUUAUCGGUCAUGUAUGAGUGUACAGUCUUCACUAGUCAUGCACCCAAUCAACACCUAUGGAACAGAGGAACAGAGACAAAAAUAUCUUCCAAAACUUGCAACUGGUGAGUUGAUUGGCUGCUUUGGCUUGACAGAACCCAACCAUGGCAGUGACCCAUCUUCCAUGGAAACCAAUGCAGUCCAUAUCCCAAAAAACAAAACAUACACAUUGAAUGGAGCAAAAACAUGGAUCACCAACUCUCCAAUUGCUGAUGUCUUCAUUGUCUGGGCAAAAAAUAAGGCAGAAAACAACAAAAUUAGAGGGUUCAUACUUGAAAAGGGCAUGAAAGGACUCUCAGCUCCAAAGAUCCAGGGCAAGUUUUCGUUACGUGCCAGUAUCACCGGUUCGAUUGUGAUGGAGGAUGUGGUAAUACCAGAGGGGAAUCUGCUGCCAAAUGUGGCUGGACUGGCAGGUCCGUUUGGGUGCCUGAACAAAGCUAGAUAUGGUAUUGCCUGGGGAACACUAGGGGCUGCUGAAUUCUGCUUGAAUUAUGCUCGCCAGUAUACACUGGACAGACAUCAGUUUGGUCGUCCCUUGGCCAAGAAUCAGCUGAUGCAGAAAAAGAUGGCCGAUAUGAUGACCGAGAUCUCCAUUGGUUUACAGUCCUGUCUUCAGGUCGGACGUCUCAUGGACAUGGGACAUGCCACACCAGAAAUGAUCUCAUUGAUAAAACGUAAUUCCUGCGGCAAGUCUCUAGAUAUUGCACGAGUGGCGAGAGACAUGCUGGGCGGAAACGGCAUCUGUGAUGAAUAUCACAUCAUACGACAUGUGAUGAAUCUUGAGGCAGUGAAUACCUACGAAGGGACUCAUGAUAUUCAUGCACUUAUACUGGGUCGAGCAAUUACAGGUCUGCAGUCUUUCACCACAGAUAAAUAGUCAAAAGGGGAUAUAACUGUGGGUAUUGCUGGAUCUGUGAUAAAAAAAACACUUGGCUUAAGCAGGGUUUAGGGCCAGAAAGGUCAAAUUUUGUGUUACCUAGCAAAAUUACUUUUGCAGAAUCAUGUAUUUUACUUUUUAUGUUUGUCUGGUAAAAGUGAAAUGCGACCAGAAUUAUUAUGAUUAUUAUUAUUUUCAUUAUUAUCAUGUCGUCAAUAUUUUGCCGUGUUUUUCCCAUUGAGAGUUUUGUUUUAAAAAAAAGGAAUUGUAUUAUUGUCUCAAUAAUUGUAUGUUAUGUUUUUAUUGAUGGAGCUUAAAUUGUGUUGUGGUGAAAUGUAAUAGUAUGAAAUGAAAACUUGAUUAUUAGAUUAUGGUGUAGGUAUGAAAUUCUUAUGCCACAAUUAUAUUUAAUGAUAGUUGUGCAUAGGUUUGUGUUUGUAUGUAAUAAAAACAAAGGGAAAGGCCAGUUUCACCAAUAGGACAGAAUUCUGAUAAUCAGUAGGAAAUUAAAGAAUUACUUUAUUUGUUUGUAUCACAUAUGAGAUUAAAUAGCUACUUCAGUUGUUGAAUUCGUGCUGACAUUUGACAUUUAGACAUGUCCUUAUAUUAGAUUAGUGAUUAAAACAAGUUUUCUGUGAUGUUUCAAAACAUGAUUGCCGCAGAGUUUGUUUAUAUCAUGUAGCUUAGAUUAGAAUGGAAGGAAGUAUCUGAUAUAAAUUUAAGUAGUUUGACAGAAAUUAUUUUCUUUCUCUUGUCAACCUGUACAAGAACUAGGGGUUUACUUAAGGAUUCACCCAUAGGGCAAGACACAUAAAACAUUUGCUCGUUCCCUAUUUAGAAAGGGUUGCCCAAUCUUUAAGGCAAUGUUAGAUUAAUGUUAUUAUAAACCAACAUAUGCAUUACAAGAUGUCAUUUUGCAAAAAGUGAAAUUUAUUAAAACUGUCAAUGCUUAGGUGAUUUUUUUUUUUAAGUAAUUUACAGAAAUAAUUGUACAACUAUUGUUUUUAUAAUAAGAUCUGAUAGUACUCUACAAAAAAGUCACAGAAUGGCACUGUAUUAAAAAUGAAAAAUUUCAUCAAACUGAUUUUGCAAACUUCAACUGACAUGCAUAUUCUAAGUUUUUCCAACUGUGUUGUUUCUCAACUUGUUUAUUCUUAUACCAAUUAUGUUUUCAUUAGAUUUUGAAUGUUCCUUAGUUAAAUUAUUACAUGAAUAAUGUGUAUUAAAUUUUUUGCUUUCUGAAUUUUGAAUUGUUACUUCUGUCAUGUUGGAGUUUGCAGUUUGAUUUGCUACUAAAAAGCAAAUGGACCAUGAUAAAUAAGUUUUUACAUGGAAUUAAUAAACAUUGAAAUUAUCUCGAGGGAGAUAAAUAAAUGCAGAAGAACGAAAUCAGAAAUAUGUUGCUACACAUGUUUAAAAAGUUACUCGCCCUAGGGAUAACUUGCUUUGAAACAUCACCUGCCCCCUCCCCCAGUUUUUCAACACGGCACUGGCAAGUAUGCGUUCACUCAAAACAAUCUGAAUAGUGCUUUUUAAAGCAGUAUUACCAUGAAUGUUUAAUUGAUAACUUUGAUUUUAAUAAUGUUUUUGGUUGAGUUUAAUUGUUAUUUUUACUUUUCUUAAGGAAAUAAAUGCUCAUGCAGUAAAA